AUGUCGACCGAUAUUUCACCUUACUCGCAAACUCACGUGGAGCCCGUUAAUGGCUAUCCGUUGGACAACAAGAGCUGCGACGAUUCCUCUGCUUCGGCCAAAUACGACGAUCUUGUCCGUAGCCCUGCCCUCUUCUGGGAAAAGCUCAGGGCUUUGCCCGGAUUUUCCAGCAAAACUUUGAAGGUUCCUACAGUGGGAGGAAACACUCUGGAUCUGCAUCGGCUUUUCAUUGAGGUUACGUCUAGAGGUGGAAUUGAAAAGGUGAUUAAGGAUCGGAAAUGGAAAGAAGUGAUCGGUGCAUUCAAUUUUCCGACAACGAUAACAAGUGCAUCAUUUGUCUUGAGGAAGUACUAUCUCAAGUUUCUUUAUCAGCUGGAACAUGUGUAUUACCUUCAGAAACCAGUUUCUUCAUUCCAAUCAACAGAUGAAGCAAUGAAGAGCCUUGUUAGCGCAUCGCCAAAUCCCGAGGAAGGCAAUGAUGAACCGCAAAUUGGGUGUUCGGUUCACGGAUUCAUUGACGGGAAGUUCGAUAGUGGAUAUCUUGUGACGAUGAAAAUAGGUACUGAAGAGAUGAAAGGAGUGCUUUACCACAUUCCUCAAACACCAACUCAGCCCCAACAAACAAUGGAAACACCUUCAGCCACAGGACCAUCGUCACAACGCCGGCAUAAGAAGAGAUCAAAAUUGGCAGUAGUUGAUUCCCAGAAACCCAAGUGCCACAGGAGUGGCUACAACUUCUUCUUCGCGGAGCAGUACGCUAGGCUUAAACCUGAGUACCAUGGACAAGAGCGAUCUAUCACCAAGAAAAUAGGACACAUGUGGAGUAAUCUCACCGAAUCCGAGAAACAGGUUUAUCAAGACAAAGGAGUGAAGGAUGUGGAAAGAUACAGAACUGAGAUGUUGGAAUAUAGAUCUUCACAUGAGGCAGGAGCUACUGCUUCUGCAGCAGCCACAGCGGCUCAGUAG